CCCGGGGACUCGCCGCGCCGGGAGCAGCGGGCUUGGAGGCUGCAGGCCGCGCGCGGGCUGAGCCCCCCGCCUGCUGCCGGCGAGAGCGCGCCUCUCCGACAUGCUGCGGCGCGGCGGCCAGGCGCUCCGGCGCUUCUCCACCGGCCAGGUUUAUUUCAAAAACAAGCUAAAGUUGGCACUCAUUGGUCAAAGCCUCUUUGGACAGGAAGUCUACAGCCAUCUCUGCAAAGAGGGCCACCGAGUCGUGGGUGUGUUCACAGUUCCAGACAAGGAUGGAAAAGCUGACCCCCUGGCUUUGGCUGCCGAGAAAGAUGGGACCCCUGUGUUCAAGUUCCCUAGAUGGAGAGUGAAAGGCAAGACCAUAAGGGAGGUGGCAGAGGCCUACAGAUCCGUGGGUGCUGAGCUCAACGUGCUUCCCUUCUGCACACAAUUCAUCCCCAUGGAUGUAAUUGACAACCCCAAACACGGUUCCAUCAUUUAUCACCCGUCCAUCCUUCCCAGGCACAGAGGAGCCUCUGCUAUCAACUGGACUCUAAUUAUGGGAGAUAAGAAAGCUGGGUUUUCUGUUUUCUGGGCUGACGAUGGUUUAGACACGGGACCCAUCCUUCUUCAGAGGUCAUGUGAUGUCGAGCCCAAUGAUACAGUGGAUGCACUUUAUAAUCGAUUUCUUUUUCCUGAAGGAAUCAAGGCCAUGGUGGAAGCUGUCCAACUCAUAGCUGAUGGCAAAGCUCCUUGUAUUCCCCAGCCAGAAGAAGGGGCAACAUAUGAAGGUAUCCAGAAGAAGGAAAAUGCUGAGAUUUCUUGGGAUCAAUCUGCUGAAGUUUUACACAACUGGAUCCGAGGUCAUGAUAAAGUGCCUGGAGCUUGGACAGAGAUAAAUGGACAGAUGGUCACUUUCUAUGGCUCAUCACUACUGAACGGCUCCGUGCCUCCUGGAGAACCGCUGGAAAUUAAAGGUGCCAAGAAGCCUGGUCUUGUUACCAAAAAUGGACUUGUUCUUUUUGGUAACGAUGGAAAAGCACUGAUGGUAAGAAAUCUGCAGCUUGAAGAUGGAAAAAUGAUUCCUGCCUCUCAGUACUUCUCAGGGGGAGAGACAUCAGUGCUGGAACUUACAGCCGAGGAGGUGAAGGUGGCAGAGACCAUUAAGGUCAUCUGGGCUGGAAUUUUAAGCAACGUCCCUGUUAUUGAAGACUCAACAGACUUCUUUAAAUCUGGAGCAAGCUCAAUGGAUGUUGUCAGGCUGGUGGAAGAGAUCAGACAGAAAUGUGGUGGGCUUCAGUUACAGAGUGAAGAUGUCUAUAUGGCCACCAAGUUCGAAGACUUCAUCCAAAAAGUCGUGAGGAAACUGAGAGGAGAAGAUCGAGAAGCAGAGCUAGUGGUGGAUUAUGUUUCAAAAGAGGUCAAUAAAAUGACAGUAAAAAUGCCAUAUCAGUGUUUCAUAAAUGGACAGUUCACAGAUGCCGAUGAUGGAAAGACUUACGACACUAUCAACCCAACAGAUGGAUCUACAAUAUGCAAAGUGUCUUAUGCCUCUUUGGUGGAUGUUGACAAGGCAGUAGCAGCAGCUAAAGAUGCUUUUGAGAACGGUGAAUGGGGGCGAAUGAAUGCAAGAGAAAGAGGAAGAUUGAUGUACAGACUUGCAGACCUACUGGAAGAGAACCAAGAGGAGCUGGCGACCAUUGAAGCUCUCGAUUCAGGGGCUGUCUACACCUUGGCUCUCAAGACUCACAUUGGAAUGUCUGUGCAAACAUUCAGAUAUUUUGCUGGCUGGUGUGACAAAAUUCAGGGUUCUACGAUUCCCAUCAACCAGGCCCGUCCCAAUCGCAAUCUGACCUUUACCAAGAAGGAGCCGCUUGGCGUCUGUGCCAUCAUCAUCCCCUGGAAUUACCCGCUGAUGAUGCUGGCGUGGAAGAGCGCCGCGUGCUUGGCAGCAGGCAACACCUUGGUGCUGAAGCCAGCGCAGGUCACGCCCUUGACUGCUUUGAAGUUCGCAGAGCUCUCUGCUAAAGCAGGCUUCCCCAAGGGGGUCAUCAACAUCCUCCCAGGCUCAGGUGGCACAGCAGGACAACGCCUUUCUGAACAUCCUGAUAUCCGCAAGCUUGGUUUCACUGGGUCCACUCUUAUUGGCAAACAGAUCAUGAAGAGCUGUGCUCUGAGUAACUUGAAGAAAGUUUCCCUUGAACUUGGUGGCAAAUCCCCGCUUAUAAUAUUCAAUGACUGUGAACUUGACAAGGCCGUGAGAAUGGGCAUGGGAGCAGUAUUUUUCAACAAAGGAGAGAACUGUAUUGCCGCUGGGAGGUUGUUCGUGGAAGAAUCCAUCCACGAUGAAUUUGUGACCAGAGUGGUGGAAGAAAUUAAAAAGAUGAAAAUUGGCGAUCCACUUGACAGAUCUACUGACCACGGGCCCCAAAAUCAUAAGGCCCAUCUGGAAAAGCUUCUGCAGUACUGUGAAACUGGAGUGAAAGAGGGGGCCACCUUGGUAUACGGCGGGAAACAGGUCCCCAGGCCAGGCUUUUUUAUGGAACCAACUGUCUUCACGGACGUGGAAGACCACAUGUAUCUUGCCAAAGAGGAGUCCUUUGGGCCUAUUAUGGUCAUUUCUAAAUUCCACAAUGGGGACAUCGAUGGAGUGUUGCAGCGAGCAAAUAAUACAGAGUACGGUUUGGCCUCAGGGGUCUUUACAAGAGACAUAAACAAAGCGAUGUACGUGAGUGAGAAACUAGACGCGGGCACCGUUUUUAUCAACACGUACAACAAGACGGACGUGGCGGCCCCGUUUGGCGGAGUCAAACAGUCCGGCUUCGGAAAAGACCUAGGUGAGGAAGCUCUAAACGAAUACCUCAAAACCAAGACGGUGACCCUGGAAUACUAGAGCAGGCCCAUCCUCCACUCUCCACACGCUGAAGAAGCCGGCCUGCUGGCUAAGGAGGUAUCAGCCAUGGGCCGAUGGAUGCACACACGGACUGUGAAGAGGGGCAGGCCACUGUCUAAGCUCUCACACAUGUGCCUGAGUAUUUUCUAGGACACCUUUUCUACCUUAAAAUGAUUUGUAGUUGUUGGGUUUUGACUGUGUUGCAUAUCACAUUUAUUUCAAAAAUACCAAGCUGCUUUUUCCCCCCAUCAUAUUGUUCAUCUUGAAAAUGUCAAUGUCACACAGCUAUAAUACACAAGGUGCAUUUUUUUUGGAACCCCUGUAUAAUAUGUAUAGGUUUUAACCUCUGAACCAUACAUGUGAGGUUAUUUAAAAGACUUACUAUAAUUUUGCUCUCAAGGAACAGUAGAUCCUGUAAAAAAAUGUGAAGGAUAUUCUUUUUUCUUCAUAUUUGGAAAUAAGAUACAUCUUUGUGCCUUUGAUGGUCUAUUUUUCAACCCACUGUGAUGGCUGGUGAACCCACAAACAGUUCUUGAGUACCUACUAGGUACCUAGUACUCUAUUAUGUCCUGAGGAGUAUACGGAAUUUAAUGGCAUGAUCUCUGGCCCCAGAUAGUUUAAAUUCUAGUCAAUAGCUUUGAGAGUGAAUUUUGCAGUAUGACAUAGUAGAAAGCAAGUCGCUUUUGGAGGCUGAUCUUGGUUCAUAUCAUACCAUCUUACCAUCUAUGAGACUUUGGGAAACUUAUGCAACUUCUCAGAGCCUCAGCUCCCUUUUCUGUAAAGUGGGGACAGUAAUGCCUCCCUCAGGAAACUUAUUAUAAGGAUUCAAUGCAAUAAUAUAAGGAAAGCACCUUGCAGCGUGCUUUGGUCGUGGUAAAUACUCAAUAGAUGUGAAUUCUGUUUUCCCCAUCACUACUUAAAAUAUACAUUGAGAUGUAUUAACUAGGUGAAUGAAUUCAUUUCCCUGCAACCCUUUUCGAUAGUCAUCGAUUCCUAUACCCCUUUCUCAUCCAAUGUUCUGAUGCAGCGCCUGACACAGCAGCCCUGGAAAAUGCCACGUAACGACAGAUGACAAUGAUCCAAGGCAAAGGGUUGCUUUUCUUUGUGCAGUGCACUCAUCCUUCAUAGGACAUCUUGUUUUCCAUUUUUCUGCCUACUGGUUCCACUGCUCACCAGCUGAGUGAUCUUGGGCAAAUCAGUUACCUAAUAUCUCAAAGCUUAGGUCUGGUAUCUAUACAAUGGGGAUAGAGUCCCUGUCUCGUUAGGUGUGGUAAGGAUUCAGUGGGAUCAUAUACAGAAGGCACUUAAGGUGUCUGGACCAUCGUCUGUGCUCAAGAAAUAGGAAUUAUUCCAGCCCGUGCAGGACUCACACAAUUGCCCGCUGAGAGACAGAAAUCGUUAGGUGAGUGAAUGAUCACCAUCCACGUGUGACUAGAGGGUGAGUUCCUGAAUCGCUGGAAGAGGGCCAGAGCAAUUAACUGCUAUUAACCCUCCUUUUAAAGGAAAAUUCUUCUCUCUUUGGCUUUGAAGAAGCCCUCAGGGAGAACUUGUUACUCUGGAGACUCAGCGGGGUAACGUCAGGGGAACUCGGGGAAACUGAUCAACAAGCAGCUGCGACAAAAUCAGAGGCAGGACACACUCAAAGGAAGAAUGCCAGGUGUGAUCCUGUCAGGAUCAAUAGAGCAGGUUUUACCUGUAAGCAUUUUUUAUUAUACUGUAGCUCACGUACCAUGAGAGCUUGGCUGAGCUGAAAUUCUAAGUCGGAGUGAAUACUCUCUGGGUCCAAACGGACAGUUCAUAUUUGAAAAAAAUGACAAAGGCCUUAUUAUCAAGGAACCACUUUUCAAUGCAGUGGUAUUUGGUUUUGUUUUUUUUUUGCUGAGGAAGAUUAGCCCUGAGCUAACAUCUGUGCCAAUCUUCCUCUAUUUUGUUUGUGAGUCACCGCCACAGCACGGCUGCUGACGAGUGGUGCAGGUCUAUGCCUGGGAACCCAACCUGGGCUGCCAAAGUGGAGCGCACUGAACUUAACCACUGGGCCAUGAGACUGGACCCUUAAAUGCAGUGUUUUAACUGAUUUCAUGUGAAUUAAAAUAUCACUUUACCAAGUAUUUUAAUGAUAGCUAAAAUGGCAAACAAAAACAUACCCUUCUUCUGGAUUGAUCGUACCCUCUACAAUUAAUCUCAGUAGCAGUAUCUUUAAUCUUCUUUGAGCCACGAACGACUUGGAGAAUCUGAUAAAAGCUGUGGACCCCUCUGUCCCACUUCUACCCCUGAAAUUCACAUGCACACACCUAAGUCUGAAAAUAGCUUCACGGGAUUCAUAGGCCUCCGAAUGUCCAUGCUUGGGCCUCAGAUUAAGAACUCCUUUUUCCUAGCGAGUUCUAAAGUUCUGACUGGCUUGAGUUUUUAUAUCUGCUAAUCAGAAUCAAAGGCUCCAUGGAAUUCAUAAAACUACCUGUGAAUUUGAAUUGGAAUGUAAUGAGCCACGGCCCACCAGGUGAUUGAACUAACACACUGACUAAUUAGAUUACCACUGUCCCUUCAGAUCCUUAUUUGGCUAAAGGAUAAAGCUGUGAUCUGAUGUCACCCACACUGGGAGGUGUGGACACUUGACACGCUUCUACAUUCCUUCUAAUCCUCUUCCCCAGGCCUUUGCUAAAGCAGUCCCCUUUCACUCCAACACCAUUCCUGGCCUUUCCCACCCCCAUCUGGGUUUAGGUGUCUCUCCUCUCUGCUCUCACUUGUCUGGAACAUAGUACUUACCACUUGGUGCUGAAAUUAUUUGCCUUCCUAAGUAGAUACAGGUACCCCUUCCCCACCCCCAGGAUUGGCGUUUUGUCAAUAACAGCAGCUCCCAUUUAUUGAGGGCCUCCUGUGUGCUAACCACUAUGCUAACCACUUUUUAAAUGCUGUCUUAUUUAACCUUCACAACAUCUGAAAAAUGAAUAAAUUCAGGUGCUCUUCUUACCAGCUCCACCACUGCUGAGCCAUCAUCAUCUCUUAUCUAGGUUAUUGCCAAAGUCUCCCAACUGGUCCUCCUGAUUCUUCUGUGUGCUUCUGUUCAACACUUACGUCAGCCAGUGUCAGUCCUCUCCUCAAAACCUUCCAGUGGCCCCCAAUUCGCUUAGAAUAAAGUCCAGGGUACUUACGAUGGCCUACAAAGUCCUAUUGACUUUGCUCCUGGAUACCUCUGACCUCAUCUCCUAUCAAUUUCCCUUUCAUUCUGUCUAGCCACCCUGGUGCCUUGAUAUUCCUUACGUAGACCAACUGCACUCCUACCUCAGGGCCUUUGCACUUACUGCACCCUCUUCCCAGUGGCGUGCUGGUAAACAACAAAUGGCUCUCUAGGGGAAAAUAAAACCAACUCUUGUAGCAUUUGUGGACUUCUGUGUGUAAAUGCUCUCAUCAAGGCUGACUUCAAGCUACCAAUUUGACUUCACUGAACAGGGAGUUGGGAAGAGAUGUGUGCAAUCAGAACAAACACAAGCCAGUGCCAGCACACCACUGCCUCUUCCUGAAACUCCUUCUGUCCAAACAACCUCCUGGCUGGCUGCCUCACUUCCUCCAGGUCUCUCCUCAAUUAUCAUCUUAGUAGAGACAUAUUUUCUACACAUGUCCCCACAUUCCUACCUUGUCUGCCCUGUCAUUCUGUAUUCUUCUUAUCCUGCAUUAUUUUCACAGCGCUUUUCACAACCUGGCAUAUAUUUAUCAUCUGUUUCUCCCCAUUAGAAUGUAAGCUUCCUGAACAGGUGCUACUUUUGUUCAAUGCUGUAUCUCCAGCGCCUAAUGUGUCGGAGGAGCUCAAUACAUAUUUGCUUUCACAGGAAAGAGGUUGAGUAACCUGCCCGAAUCACACAGCUAUGAAGUGGCACAACAGGCGCUCAGGCAACGAAACUGGUGCUUAUCCGAGAUGAGAUGGCUUUUACUGCCAACGCCUCCAUCAGGGCCUGGGUAGCGAAUCGCAGGCACAGGGUAAAUAUCUGCCAAACUGAAAACCUCAGCAGAAUGCACAUUACCCACAAGAGCUUUUGCAGAAGCGGCUAGAGACAGGGUGAGAAAUCAAGUUUGGCUCCCCCAUACCUGCCCUCCAAGAAAAUAAAAGCUGUCGAGGGAAACCGGGGCUACAAGGAGAUGAUCAAAUAUGAGACGUGAUGGCUGGGGUGGAUUAUUGAUUAUUAUUAUUACCGUUCUGCAAAUACCCAAGUGGAUUUUUAAAAAUGAUUAAAUAAUACUUAAUUAUGUAAAAUGCACAUAAAACAGGAAGCUAAGACUCAACCGUAAAUUCUCCACACAGAAAUAACCACAGAUAUUUGAGAUUGUUCCAGACUUUUUCUAUGAAUACAUACGUUUUUUUUUGGUGAGGAAGAUUGUCCCGGAGCUAACACCUGUGCCAAUCUUCCUCUAUUUUAUAUGUGGGAUGCCACCGCAGCAAGGCUUGAUGAGUGGUGUGUAGGUCCACACCCAGGAUCCAAACCCACAAACCCUGGGCUGCUGAAGCGGAGCAUGCAAACUUAACCACUACGGCACUGGGCCAGCCCUGAACACAUAGGUUUUUACAGAACUAGUAUACUACUAUAUAACUUGGUUACCCACUUUUUUCAAUUAACAAUAUACAAGCAUCCUUCUAUGUCAAUAAACAUACUUCUUCACAUGUUCAGUGACUUUAA